AUAUUUGGUAGUAUGGAUAAUUAAUGUGGGAGGAACAUGAUCCGCAACUCUCUCCCUCGAUCUCUCCUCCCUAUGAGGACCACAAUCUGCUCUUUGGAGUCUAGUAGUCUAGAUCAUCGUCGUUUCUUCGCUCAUUCUCCCAACAACCUCAUUGUUCCUCGAAAAUCAUGGCCCAGCAUCUUCUCUUCUCGUCGAAUGUGGACAGAAGAAAUGAAGAUAGGAGCAGGAGCAGGAGCAGGAGCAGGAAUCAGAACCAUGGCGGCUUCAAUAAUCGAUGAAGUUCAGCAGGUGAAGCUGCUUGCUGCUGAGAACGAUGACCACGGGGGUGUGAUUGUGGACCUGAAGGGGCCUAUGGACUCCAGCGUCUUCGUUGAGUUGCUUAGGGGUUCAAUUUCGCAUUGGAGGCAGCAGGGUAAGAAAGGUGUUUGGAUCAAAUUGCCUCUUGAGCUUGUAAAUCUUGUUGAACCUGCUGUUAAGGAAGGAUUUUGGUACCAUCAUGCAGAGCGAAAAUACGUGAUGCUUGUGUAUUGGAUUCCUGAAAGUGCUGAUACUCUCCCAGCAAAUGCCUCACACCGAGUGGGUAUAGGUGCAUUUGUCAUGAAUGAAAAGAGAGAGGUGCUGGUUGUCCAAGAAAAGAGUGGGAUAUUCCAAGGAACAGGGGUGUGGAAGUUUCCUACUGGAGUUGUUGAUGAGGGGGAAAAUAUUUGUGAAGCAGCAGUUAGAGAAGUCAGAGAGGAGGCAGGAAUUGAUGCCAAAUUUUUGGAAUUGCUAGCAUUCAGACAAAGCCACAAGUCAUUUUUUGAGAAGUCGGAUUUAUUUUUUGUCUGCAUGUUGCAACCCCUUUCCUUCAACAUCAAGAAACAGGAAUCAGAGAUAGAGGCAGCCCAGUGGAUGCCUUUUGAAGAGUAUGCAACUCAGCCAUUUGUGCAAAGCCACGACCUUCUUAAGAGAAUAGCUGACAUGUGCUGGGCAAAGAUAGAAGGGAAGUACUCUGGAUUUUGUGCUGUGCCUACUUCAUCCAGUUUUUCCAGUAAAAACUGCUACUUAUACUUGAGUAGUCAAGGCCUGAAUGGCUCUUAGUCUUAGACACAUUAAUCAUAACCUGGCAUAGGUCUCUCUAUAGUUUUAUUUAUGUUCAUCAUUUAUGGGUUGUAUACAUUUUUUGCCCCACUGGGGAGAUUCUGAUAAAUAAACAAGCCAUAUUUGUUUA